GGGGAGGCUCCGACGUCUCCUUCCUUCCUGGUUCCUGCAGCAGCUGCUGCCACUGCUAGGCUCCGUGAGGAGGGAGCGGGCGACUCGGAGACGGUGACUCAGAGGCGGAGAGGCGCGCGCGGGCCAAGGAGCACUGGCGUCCAUGGACCCUGGGGGUCCCCUCAGGACAAGGUGACAUCCUUCUCCUUCCACCCUGCUCUACCUUCUCAGCAGGGAGUGGCUGCUCCCAUCUCCAUGGACUUCCAGGAGAGGGUCCCUAACUCCUUGGCCGAGAGCAUUCAGUCUACAAAGCCCAGCAGUGCCCUGCAGGCCUCUGAGCUGUGGGAGGUAGAGGAGGAGCCUCGGGGCAGGCUGGGAGCAGAGGGUAUCAUGCCCGAGAGGCAGGAAGGCCACCUGCUCAAGAAAAGGAAGUGGCCUCUGAAGGGCUGGCACAAGAGAUACUUUGUGCUCGAGGACGGAGUCCUUCACUAUGCAACGACGCGGCAAGAGAUCACCAAGGGGAAGCUUCAUGGCUCCAUUGACGUCCGACUGUCUGUUAUGUCCAUCAACAAAAAGGCCCAGCGCAUUGACCUUGACACUGAAGACAACAUCUACCACCUCAAGAUCAAAUCCCAGGACCUCUUCCAGAGCUGGGUGGCCCAGCUUCGUGCCCACCGCCUAGCCCAGCGCCUAGACAUGCCCCGAGGCUCGCUGCCCAGCACCACUCACCGGAAGGCUCCUGGUGCCCAGCUUCCAGCAGCAGGCAGUGCUUCGGCUCUCCCUGGGGUCGGACCUCGGGAGAAGGUGUCUUCCUGGCUGAGGGACAGUGAUGGGCUAGACCGCUGCUCUCAUGAGCUCUCUGAGUGUCAGGGGAAGCUCCAGGAACUACACAGACUCCUCCAGAGCCUGGAGUCCCUGCACCGGAUCCCCUCGGCCCCUGUUAUCCCCACGCACCAGGCCUCAGUGACAACUGAGAGACCCAAGAAGGGGAAACGGACCAGCCGCAUGUGGUGCACACAGAGUUUCGCCAAGGACGACACCAUCGGACGGGUUGGUCGUCUCCACGGCUCUGUUCCCAACCUGUCUCGCUACCUGGAGUCCCGGGACCCCUCAGGCCCCCGCGGGCUGCCACCUCCAGACUAUGCCCACCUGCAGCGUACUUUCUGGGCCCUGGCCCAGAAGGUGCACAAUUCCCUCAGCAGUGUCCUGGCUGCCCUCACCGCUGAAUGGGACCGACUGCGGGACCUGCACCAGGGUUCAGAGCUGUCGCGGAUGGGGGUCUCUGAGGCCUCAGCUGGCCCGAGGCGCCUCCACUCGCUCUCCGUCUCCUCGGACACCACUGCAGACUCCUUCAGCUCCCUCAACCCUGAGGAGCAAGAAGCCCUGUACAUGAAGGGGCGGGGGCUGACCCCCCAGCUGUCCCAGAGCAGCGUCCUGUCCCUUGCUGAUUCCCACACAGAGUUCUUUGAUGCCUGUGAGGUUCUCCUCUCUGCCAGCUCUUCUGAGAAUGAGGGCUCAGAGGAGGAGGAGUCGUGCACCAGUGAAAUCACCACCAGCCUGUCUGAGGAGGUGCUGGACCUCAGGGGAGCUGAGUGCUACCAGAAAGGGGCGUGUGUUCCAGGGAGAGCUGCGGGGCCACCCCGUCGCCGCUGCCUGCCGGCGGCCAGCGGGCCAGGGGCUGACGUGAGCUUGUGGAACAUACUUCGGAACAACAUCGGCAAGGACCUGUCCAAGGUGUCCAUGCCUGUGCAGCUCAACGAGCCGCUCAACACUCUGCAGCGGCUCUGCGAGGAGCUGGAGUACAGUAGCCUCCUGGACCAGGCCAGCCGCGUGGCGGACCCCUGCGAGCGCAUGGUGUACAUCGCGGCCUUUGCCGUCUCUGCCUACUCGUCCACGUACCACCGAGCAGGCUGUAAGCCCUUCAACCCCGUCCUGGGGGAGACCUACGAGUGUGAGCGGCCUGACCGAGGCUUCCGCUUCAUCAGUGAGCAGGUCUCCCACCACCCUCCCAUCUCGGCAUGCCAUGCGGAGUCUGAGAACUUCAUCUUCUGGCAAGACAUGAAGUGGAAGAACAAGUUUUGGGGCAAAUCCCUGGAGAUUGUGCCUGUGGGGACCGUCAAUGUCAGCCUGCCCAGAUUUGGGGACCACUUUGAGUGGAAUAAGGUGACGUCCUGCAUUCACAACAUUCUGAGCGGCCAGCGCUGGAUCGAGCACUAUGGGGAGGUGCUCAUCCGGAACACGCAGGACAGCUCCUGUCACUGCAAGAUCACCUUCUGCAAGGCCAAGUACUGGAGCUCCAACGUCCACGAGGUGCAGGGGGCUGUGUUCAGCCGGAGCGGCCGUGUCCUCCACCGACUCUCCGGGAAGUGGCACGAGGGGCUAUACCGGGGAUCCCUGCCCGGCGGUCAGUGCAUCUGGAAACCCAACUCCAUGCCCCCGGACCACGAGCGAAACUUCGGCUUCACUCAGUUUGCCUUGGAGCUGAAUGAGCUGACGGCAGAGCUGAAACGGUCACUGCCUUCCACGGACACGCGGCUCCGGCCAGACCAGAGGUACUUGGAGGAGGGAAACAUACAGGCCGCUGAAGCCCAGAAGAGAAGGAUCGAGCAGCUUCAGCGGGACAGGCGCAGAGUGAUGGAGGAGAACAACAUCGUCCACCAGGCUCGCUUCUUCAGGCGGCAGACAGACAGCAGUGGGAAGGAGUGGUGGGUGACCAACAACACGUACUGGAGGCUGCGGGCCGAGCCAGGAUACGGGAACCUGGAUGGGGCCGUGCUCUGGUAGCCCUGGCCCUCGGGGGGCAGGAGGCUCAGGUUCCUCCCUCCUGCCUCUACCUCCCACGGACACACGGGUGAGGCCAGGCUUCCCCACUCACCGCCCUGGAGACCAAGGGGGCAGCCCUGGCUUUGUCCCCUCUGCCGGCCAGAGGGGCUGCAUCCCGGCCCACCGCCCACCCCCUGUUUGGGGUGGGAAGCAGGAUUCGUGCUUCCCCAGUCUUGUUUUCCCAGACAACCAGCAUGUAAGACCCUUCUUGUUCUGUCAUUCCCCUUCUGUCCCCUUUGGGGUACUUGGGGGAGACUCCAGGCUCUCCAGGAUCUGUUCCCCAUUUAGUGCCUUCCUAGGACACAGGGGACCCCUUGAUGCUCCCCAGGCUUCCUAUGCCCAGGGCUCUGGCCCCGGCUGUGCGGUUGGAGUGAACGAAGGAGAAGAGAUGGCCUUUUCUCCCACCCCCUGUCCGUCCCAUCCCUCUCCAGCAUCUUCUCCCCCGUGCCCCGGCUCAGCGAGGCUCCCUUUGCUCGGUCCUUGGCAGUCUCUCCCAUCCUCCUGGAUCCCCGUCUCCCAAACUGCAAAACGCCUGCAGCUUCUGGCUCCUUCGGCCCUGGUCCUCAAGCGGAAGGGAACUUCAGUCACAGCUCGGCAGGUCCCCGCUGUGUGGACAAGACCUGUCCAAGAGGCGGGGAGCGAACUGAGCCGGCAGGGUGCCUGGCCUCAGACCCCCUGGGAGUGAGUGAGCACGCGUGAGAGUGUGAGUUUGUGUAGGAGUGUGUGCAUGUGUGCGUGUGCCCGUGUACUGCUUGCAGGCGAGCAGGGUUCCCAAUGUAGCCCGAUGGCCCCUGCUGGGGGUCCGCCACUGUUGCUCAUUUUCGCACAGUCUGCCUCUGAUUAAGGUGAAUCGCAGUGACAUUCCAAGCUCCAAUAAAGACAACCCCGAACUUGGGCCUGAGACCAUUCAUUUAACGUUUUUUAUUUAUUUUUGAGACAGAGAGAGACAGAGCAUGAACGGGGGAGGGUCAGAGAGAGGGAGACACAGAAUCCGAAACGGGCUCCAGGCUCUGAGCAGUCAGCACAGAACCCGACGCGGGGCUCUAACUCACGGACCGCGAGAUCGUGACCUGAGCCGAAGUCGGCCGCUCAACCGACUGAGCCACCC